GUUCGUCGGCAUUACACGCUCUUGAUACUGCACAGGUCACUUCAGAGAGAGCAAACAUCCCUGUCACCUGGACGAGAUUGUACGGAGAGCAGACUUUUUGGGAAACUUCAGAACCCCGUGAACUUGUGGAGAGAUGCCUCAGCUCCUCCAGAACAUCUGUAGCAUCAUCGGUGCCUUUGAAAAGUAUGCGCAGAAGGACGGCGACUGUGCUUCACUCAGCAAAGCUGAACUGAAGCAGCUCAUCCAACAAGAGUUUGCCGACGUCAUCGUGGUGAGUAACCCGUACGAUCCUCAGACGAUUGAGUCGGUGCUGCAGCUGCUGGAUACAGACGGUGACGGGAAAGUAGACUUCGAAGAGUUCACCGUUCUUGUGUUCAAAGUGGCAAGAGCCUGUCAUAAGAAAACGCAGGAGUGCCAGCCCCCAUCAGAAGGUCAGUGCGAGAAACAAGAAGGCUCUCAGCAGAAGCCACGAGAGGAGCCAACCCCGGGCACAAACUCAACCUGUCAACCUACCCAGGAGCCUCAGGCACCAAGGGAAGCUUCAGGUUGCCAUCCAACAGGAGAGUCUCAGAAGCCAUCCCAAGAACAAAGGCAGGAGCCCCCCAAAUCAGGGGGACAGACUUCCCAACCCCCCAAACAAAAGCAGGACCCGGCCCCCCAAAAGCCCCAGGAGCCUUCGGUGACCAUCUCAAGUCAGAACAAGGUCCAACAUCGAAUAGAAAGGCGGGAUCCAGCUCAGGGAGCUCAGACCGUCCAGCAGGAUCGCACCCAGGUGUCUCAAAACAUCAGGGAUUCCGGCCACGAGAGCACACAGAAGCCCACAAUAUCUAAUCAAGGCCCGACCCAGAAACCUGGGCCAUCAGAACAGAGAGCAACCCAACAGGCAUCCCAGCCACAUCAGAAAGAAGGGCAGGGCCCCGUUUGCCAAGGAGACAUUCAGCCCCCAAAGCAGCCCGCCUGCCAACCUGCCCAUCCGGGACAGCAAAGGCCAAGUCAGCGAGAGACUCCGAGAUCCCAAAGAGGGCAACAGGAAACGACCUGUACAAAACCACAAGGGUCACAGGUGAGAGAUCAGAGUCCAAGUUCUAAGCAAGCACGGGAGACUCAAAACCCAGAGCGGACACGAGGUUGCCAAUCUCAGAAGCCACAAACAGGAGUCCCAGACCAGGUCUCAAGUCGCCAGGAAGAGGAACAUCUGAAAAUAAGGAAGUCUCAAGAGGAAGAAUGUCAGCCUCGAGAAUCAAACCCGACUCCAACAAGUCCUCCGGAACAAGGAAGUCAACUUCCACAGCAGACCACAUUUGGUCGUCAGGAAUGUGGAUAUUGGACCUCAGAACAGCAACUUCGUCCAAAGGAGCUUGGGCCUCAAAAUCCGGACCAGAACCCAAUGCGCUGUCCAAAACAAGAAUGUGAGGUUCCUCAGCAGACCACCUCGACUUGUGGGGAAGGUGGAUCUUUGACAUCCAGACAGCAACCUGGUCAACAGGAGAGUAGGCCUCAAAAUCCAGACCACACCCAAGUGCGCCAUCCAAAACAAGUUCCACCACAGACCCCUUCCGGCCAUCGGGAAUGUGGCUCAUCCGUAGAACAGCGCCACCAACAGCAAAAACCAGAGAAGCCCCUAGUUUGCUAUUAUGAGCGUGAGCCUCUGAGCCCAGAAGAGACCUCUUCCUCUCAAGAACGGUGCAUGGCUCAGGCAAGCGACGGCAGCCGAAGGUGCGAGCCAGAAGGAGUCACCCAGGAUCCAAAAGAUUCUUCUGCCAGACAGCCCUCGACAGCAUCGUGGCCCGCCUCUCACCAGAAACGACUACAGUUCCCUUCUCCAUGGUCGCCAAAGCAGUAAAACACCCCAAAGGUGUCUAAAAGGCAGCUGUAGAGCAGACUUCAUGUAGGAUGGCAAGCUACAAUAUCUGCUUAGAAGGUUGUGGGUAUGAUGGUGGGUCUCAAGAUACUUUGGACUGGUGUGGGGGCCAGAAGGUAGUAUUACAGUUUGCAGUACGUUGGUGGUGGUUGAAAUUCAAUUCCUUAAGAGUAAGAGUAAGAGUAAGAGUAAGAGUAAGGUUAAGGUAGGGAAAUAAUGUUCACCGUCACAUUUCCUGCAUGCAGGACUAGGGUCACCAGGUGGUCACUGAGGGGCGGGAACUCUGAUCACAACCUUCAUUGCCCACAUUUUGAGAUGUAAGUGAUGUGUGUGGAAGAUAAGCUAAAAAUCAAAGUAAACUGUUGAAACCUUGAUA